UCACGCUAUCAGUGAGGGAGAAUUAAAGCCCGUGGAUAAAACACACAACGUCAGAAGAAGAAGAGGGGAGGAUAACAACAUACUGGCCUAACGGGGGGCCUAAGUGGAGACAUUAAAUACACGUAUUCUGGUAUGGACCGGUUUGCACUAUGAGCACGCGACAACGGGACCGGAGCGAGGAUGUGUCUUGACAUGAGAACAACAAGGCUCUAGCAUCUACAGCCGUGGAAAUAUGAGGAGGCAGGGGUGGACCGACCGGAAGACGGUUAAAUUAGCGAUUUAAGUGCUGCUUCUUUCUGGGUAUUUUGACGUUUCCUGGCUGCUCGUGCGCUGUCCCCCUGCACGAGACUCUUCUGGCCUCUGUAACGCUAUGUGGAAACGGACAUAUACUCUUUUUACACAAGAAAUGCAUCUCAGUGCUACGAAUAGGAAGAAAAACAGCAGGCGCUGAUGUUAUUAGUGAUCAGUUAUCAUGUAACGUUCACUGAAACCUGUAAAUUGGAGGUUCACAUGAUAUCCGCGUUGUUUCUAAUACAACCAUAUAUGUAAAUGAAAGCUCCAACAUCCACAGGAUUUGUCUCGCCUUUGACUCUUGCCUCAGGGUUUUACACGCUGUCGAUACUCGUCAACAGGCAUGUAAAUGUGCUCUCAAAGCCUCCUGUUUUCUUCAGCUGCUUCGCCCACAGAGACUUGCUAUGACAAGCCAGAAAGUCCUCAUAUAUCCCACUGUAAGUUGAUGAACUGGAAUAACUGGGCUCGGAGGUGGGAUCACAGAAAUAAGGAAAUGUCUCCCUAUGACAGCAGGAUCUAGGACUAUCUCCAGCACUGCAGCCAGAAACGGAGCAUUCCUCUGAGGUGUUUUUGUCUAAUAUUUUGCAGAACUUACAGCUGUGGCAACUUAAAGCAAAAACUCCCGCUUCCCUUCAUCCAGUUUACUCUAGUUUACAUGAGUGACCUUUUCUUCCCAUGUGGAGAGUGAACAUUUUGUAUAAGUGUAAAAACCCCUCCUUAAACAUGAGUUUUUGUUCAGUAAGAGAAGUGCAGCUGGGGUGUUUCAGUGGUAAACUUCCACAGCAGCUGUUACUCAGACUGAAAGAUGAGACUUUCGAUAUUAGCAUGCUUGUAGUUUUGCCAACACCCUUCCCAGGAUAUGCAACACAUUGAUUCCCUCCAGUUGCCGCAUUGUAAAUAACUCUGUGGAUGUAUUUUCUAUGACAAAAUCUAUGCCAGCAUUCAUCAUAAUCAGCUGUCUUCAUGGAUCGUCAUGUUAUUGCGGUUUCCUGGAUGUUUUUGUGCUUUCUUACUCCAUGUUUUGAUCCUUACAUUUUCCGGAGGUGUUCCCGUAGCUAAGGCAGGAGGAAGCAGGCAUGAGACUGCACAGACUGGGGAGAUGUGUCACUAGGAAUGUGGAAAGAAUUAUGAGGGGCACUACACAAGAUAUAGAGGAGAGUGUUAUGUGUUUAAAGUCUACAAGAGAGAGAAUAACCGAACUUUUUUGUGAGAAAAUUGCAUUUUCUCCUCUCUGAGACAUGCCUCUGAAUUGGAAUCAGUGCCUCAUGUGUCCAAUUACCAUUUGAUUUGAGAACUUUUCUCUUGUUGCACUGUGGGAUAUUGAUCAUGGUCUUCAUAUUUGACCACCUGCAAGUUGCGCACCCUUUUCUUUGACUCCCUGUUGCUUUGGCAUGCUCAGAUUUCGUUCACUGGAGGAAGUUCUUUCUAUUUAAAGUUAUCAAUAGGAAGUUGCACAUGACAAAGGUUGUUGUUGUGGCCCAAACAACCUCUUCAUUCAGUAUUUUUUCUUGAAUAGAACUGUGGAUCCCUUGUGAAGUUCUGCAUUCUAGCAAGAACCAAAACAAACAGACCCCCUCCCUUUUUGAGAGACUAAUUCCCUGUCGCCGUGGUGAUGGGGAGCUCAGCCUCGUCUCUCACUGCAGAGACAGAGUCCGACCAUGGCUUCCGCAGCACCCCGUACCCGUCCUCACCCCCUGUGGGCUGGCUCAGGAACAGCCACAGCAGUCCCGUGUGGGGCACCACCUUCAUCCCACGUCAGCAGCAGCACCCACUGCCUCACCGAGAGCGCAGCCACUCCCACUCUCCUGGCUCCAUGGCAGCAGCGGUGCGAGGCAGCGAGUGGUCAUGUGGACGCUGCACUUUCCUGAACGCCGGCGCUGCGCCUCGCUGCUCCAUCUGUGAGGCACCGCGCCAGAAACCGGACCUCAACCAGAUCCUGCGACUGAGCAGCACAGAGGAGCACCGAUGGGCCUGUCCCCGCUGCACGUUAAACAACCCGCAAGGAUCAGGAGCCUGCUCGGUUUGUGGCUUUGGACCAUCCCCUGCCACCCACACGCCUCCUACAACCACCAUCGCUGCCACUGCCAACGGACUCCCUCCUGUCCCAGUUGAACCCCCCACACCUGCAGUCACCCCAUCAGUUCUUCUCGAGCCACAUGGACAGCAUCCGGCUAAGGAGGAAGUGCUGCGGCGGUCUGAGAGUAAUGGCGAGGUAUGCGGCAUGGAGGAGCAGCACUCUGGGUGGGCCUGCCCUCGCUGCACACUUCACAACACCCCUGUGGCGUUAUCAUGCUCUGCCUGUGGUGGACCCAGGAAACUGUCUUUGCCUAAAAUCCCCCCCGAGGCACUUGUGGUGCCUGAGGUACGCACUCCUGUUCUGGGGUUUCCUGUCCACACAGCAGGGACUGCCCCUCUUCUCAUUGACCUUACAGAUGAUUCUCCCCCAGCUCCGCCCUGUGACCCCCAAGAGCCCCCUCACGUCCCCUCACAGACCCUCUCCUCCCCUUUCACUGCAUUUUCGUCCUCACUACAAAACAACCCUGUGCCCCGCAGCAGAAGAGAAGUCCCACCACCGGGGCGCCCACCCAACCCUGGGACCAACACUCCCAGUCCUACCUCCCCUUCAGCAGCCAGCGUGCCCCCCCAGCCCGGCCCACAGCGCCCAGCUAAGCCCAAACACGCCCAGCCCCAGGAACCAUCUUACCCCAGCAAGCGCCUCAGUAUCUUAGAGGAAGAAGAUUCUCAUAACCAUCCUCUAAACCCCCACCUUCCUGUCGCAAUAUCAGCAGCCCCAACCUGGAAGUGCCCUAGCUGCUCAUUACCCAACCCUGGCAGCUCGUCUAAGUGCGAAGCUUGCCGAUCAUCUCGUGCUGGUGCUGACCUCAUUGACCUGGUAGGCUGUGAGACGGUACGAUUUACCCCGGCUAGUCCUUCCAGUCCAGACUUUAGCACCUGGGCCUGCUCAAAGUGCACGCUGCGCAACCCAACUGGUGCACCCAAGUGCUCUGCCUGUGGUUCCUCCAAACUGCACGGAUUUCAGGAGCAGCAGGCACCACUGCCCCGCUGCUGCACACAUUGUGGCCUCCCUGUUGGGCCUGGAACUGCUUCAUGUUCCUGCACACCUUCCUCUGCAUCCUCUGGCCAUAAAACACGGAAACAAGUCCGGGCCUUCCCUUCUUCCUCUUCAGCUAUUACUGCUUCUAGCUCCUCUGCAUCCUCCGCCUCAGUCAGCCUUCAGGAGAAGGUGGGACAGUGGAGCUGCCCAGCAUGCACGCUGCUCAACGACAUCAAGGCCAAGAACUGUGCAGCAUGCCACACGCCCCAGCAGUACCUCACCCUGCGCAAGGUGGUUAAGCCUCUGAAGAGGAGGGAGAGCAUGCAUGUCGAGGCCCGUAGGCGAAACGAUGAGGGAGAGGCCAAGGAGCUGUGGGAGAACAUCGUCAGCUUCUGCAGAGAGAACGCUGUGAACUUUGUGGACGACAGCUUCCCACCAGGACCUCGCUCUGUGGGUUUCCCCGAGGGUGACAGCGUCCAGCAGCGAAUCAAAAAGUGGCUCCGCCCACAUGAGAUCAACUGCAGCAACUUCAAAGACCGGGGCGUCAAGUGGUCCGUCUUCCGCACGCCACGGCCCUCUGACAUCCUGCAAGGGCUGCUGGGAAACUGCUGGUUCCUGAGUGCGCUGGCGGUGCUGGCCGAGCGUCCCGAGCUGGUGGAGAGGGUGAUGAUCACGAGGACCAUCUGUGCGGAGGGGGCCUACCAGGUUCGGCUGUGUAAAGACGGGACGUGGACAACGGUGCUUGUGGACGACAUGUUGCCGUGUGAUGACUACGGCUACCUCCUGUUCUCUCAGGCCCAGAGGAAGCAGCUAUGGGUGGCGCUGAUUGAAAAGGCCCUGGCCAAACUCCACGGCUCUUACUUUGCCCUGCAGGCGGGGCGCGCUAUCGAGGGCCUGGCCACGCUGACAGGGGCUCCGUGUGACUCCCUGAUGCUGCAGGUCAGCUCCACCAACCCCAGGGAGGAACCCAUCGACACGGACCUCAUCUGGGCCAAGAUGCUUAGCUCCAAGGAGGCAGGCUUUCUGAUGGGCGCAUCCUGUGGAGGAGGCAACAUGAAGGUGGACGACGCCGUCUAUGAGUCUCUGGGUCUGCGGCCUCGGCAUGCCUACUCUGUCCUGGAUGUACGAGACGUCCAGGGUUACAGAUUAUUGCGGCUGCGUAAUCCAUGGGGUCGCUUCUCCUGGAAUGGCAGCUGGUCGGAUGAGUGGACAGACUGGCCGCAGCACCUCCGGCACGAGCUGAUGGCUCAUGGCAGCAGUGAGGGCGUCUUCUGGAUGGAGUACACUGACUUUAUAAAGUACUUUGACUCAGUGGACAUCUGUAAGAUCCACUCAGACUGGCAGGAAGUGAGGCUGCAGGGCUGCUUUCCUAGCAAGGCGAGUGGGCCGGUCACUGUCACGGCGCUAACUGUGCUGGAGCGAACGGCGUUGGAGUUUGCUCUUUUCCAAGAAGGAAGCAGACGUUCAGACACAGCCGACAGCCACCUCCUGGACCUCUGCAUCAUGGUGUUCCGAGCCUCCUUUGGCAGCGGCAACAAGCUCACUCUCGGCCGCUUGUUGGCACACAGCAAACGAGCAGUGAAGAAGUUUGUCGGCUGCGAUGUGAUGCUGGAGCCUGGCGAGUAUGCCGUCGUCUGCUGCGCCUUCAACCACUGGCAGAUGAACGUCAGUGGGACAGGAGGACCACCGACGCCAAUCUCAAGCCCCACCAGCGGAGCCUCUCGACGGCCGAGCCAGGACUUCCCAGGGUACAUCUUAGCUAUCUACAGCUCCAGACAGGUGAUGGUGGAGCAGGUGGAGGCAACCGCCACCACGCUGGCUGACGCCAUCAUCCUCCUGACAGAAAACAAAGGCGAAAGACACGAGGGCCGAGAAGGCAUGACGUGCUACUACCUGACCCACGGCUGGGCCGGGCUAAUCGUAGUGGUGGAGAACCGCCACCCUAAAUACUACCUCCACGUCUCCUGUGACUGCACUGACAGCUUUAACGUGGUGUCCACACGGGGAAGCCUCAAGACCAUCGAUAGUGUGCCGCCUUUGCACAGGCAGGUACUGGUGGUGCUUUCCCAGCUGGAAGGAAACGCCGGCUUCUCCAUCACCCACCGCCUGGCUCACCGCAAAGCAGCCCAGGCCUCACUGGGAGACUGGACCCCCACCAAGGCCACACACAGCCCCCAGCUCACACCGGACAUUGACGGCCUGCACAGACCCCGGCCACUAUGACCACCGCCCACUUCCUCACAUGCAGACUCUAGUCCAAUAAAGUGUCAGACCACUGGAAAACGAGGCGAGGGAGUGUGUGGAUGAUACACACCUGAAUGUAAAGCACUAUGGAGAAUUCCUGUGCUGUAAUGCUCAAUAAAUGCUAAAGCUUUCAUCCGACCUUGCAAGAUCUCUCCCUUGCCAAGUGGAUGUGCCAUGUCUGGAUGAAAUGAGGGAAGCAGGAGGAACGUUUUUCACCCAGCUUAGACUACUUAAAGUUUCGGAUGUUUUUUUGGUACGAGCGCUGUACGUGGAACAGAUGUCAUCCCCUGCUUUAAAACAGGGUGGAGUGCCGUAACUACUGAGCCAUUUUUCUGGCCCAUUAUCAUCGAGCCAAUCACCUGCGAGGAUCAGACAUUUAACCCUAUAAUAUCCACAAAUACAGCUUACAAAGCAGGAGACUUGAGGGGGAAGUAUCUCGGUACUUAAAUGAGCCAAUUUCAAAUGUCUUUUUUUUUUUUUUAUUACAAACACAUGUCAGUCUUACUUGUUUAUACAUCACCCUUGUUGCAGUCUUUUCCAUAUUUGUGUUUUUGAGGUCAUAGAAAAGCCAUCAUUCAUAUUUUACUGUGCACUAUCAGUCUUUUGUCUCCACUGCAGUGAUGUCCAGCCCCUCCUUUAGCUCAGGACCAAACCCAGGAUGUGUAAAGUUAGCUGGAGUCAUGCUAAUCUGGAAGCUAAUGUUACCCAGACAGCUGUUGUAGCAUCUUUUUGCUUUUUGCUGCGGUGUUGUCAUUCAGAAAAACAGGCACAUAAUAGAAUUCCCACCUGCACGCUUUGAUUCACUAACAAUCAUUUUUUCUUUCCCCACUAUGUUGCUCUUAAAUUCAUUUUCACUCAGCCUCAGUUUGGAGUCUAAACGCUCCAGGCGAGGCAUUACUUGACCAGGUUCGUGGUUUUCCCCCUCAGGCACAGUGUGCUGAAUUUACUCACAUUUUGGUUUAUUGUCACCCAUAAAGCCACACAUGGAGAGCAACUUCUCCACCUCUAGAUGUUAUAAAGAAUGAGUUAAUGCUGCUUGUUGCACUCUUGUUUUGGUACUUGAAGGUCAGUGAGUAUUCGUGUGUUCCUUACAUUUUAAACAGUUGUCGGUUUACACUUUGAGGGUUGCUUUUUGAACACUCACUUUGCCAUGAGGGAGCUCUUAAGAUGAGCUGCUGGAGGUCAGGGACUGUUUUUUUCUUUUUUUUUGUUUGCUCGGGUGCAGCGCCAGCGUCUGCUUCACCCUCCCAUAAGGAUACACCGACAGCACAUUAGCGCUAUCUUCUUGUAAUAACAAAUUAGUGUUUAGUCAGGCUGCUUGCACGCAUAUCAGGAGAAAGAAGGGACCCAUGAGACAUGUUGUGACACCAAAAGGAGUUUGGUUGUGUAGUUUUAUCAGCAGCAUUGUUUCAUCAGUGCUCUUGACGAAGAUCCUGUUUUCUUCUCCUGUGUCAAAGAAAGCCAUCUUUUAUCAAUCUAUCAGUCCAAACAUGCAUGUUUUAUGAAAGAGAAGGGAAUGUGGUACUGUUGAAGCAAGACAGAGAGAGAGAGAAUUGUCAUGAAAGAGCAUAUGUCUCACUUCUAUGUGGAGAAAAACUUGAAAGCUAACAAACUAAACCCCUGCAGCACUCACAUUGUGACUCAUGCCUGGUAGAAAUAAAUGAUUUUUUUUUUUUUUUUUACUUACUUCCAAUGAGGUGAUUCAGUUCAGGACUUAACCUUGAGGUCAACAAGUGCUGGAACAUGCAUUAUCUCAUGAGUAUUGUCCCUUUUGUUAGCUGUUUGUUUGCAGUCUUACGCACUCAUCAAACCUACUAUAGCAGUUUCUAUUAAAAAUGUACAUACAGUAUGUUUUCCAAAGAGACAUAAAUGUUUAGUAACCACUUUCAGAUAUCCUUUGUGUGCGUGUUCACAGCUGAGCUGCUGUCGACCUAAUUUAUUUGUGUAAGUGAAUUGCAGGUCUGUUUAGUCUGAUGCAUAUUGUCAAAUACUGAAUGACAGAUACAGGAAUGUGAUAUUUUGUGGAUUAUGUCUGACAAGAAACCUGCACUGAAACACCUGCAAUGACAAGGCACCUCAGAAUUCAGUGUCACUGCUGGAUCACUUUACAUUUACAUGAGAUUUUUCUGUUUUUAUACUUCAUUUGUGUCCGUUUUGGCUCUCGCUGGUGUCCUAUGAACCUUCUCCUCUUCUGUGAAGUUGUGUUGGUGACUCUUCUGUGCGUCUUGGGCGCCCCCUGCUGUUUUGAAGAGGCUGCAGCCAGGUGGAAAAAAAAAAAAAAAACAGCUGGUCAUGGAGCGAUCAGUGAACCCACAGCGCCUUUU